AUGGAUCCCGCAUGUUCUCAACAUAAGAACAAUGAAGUGUUCUUCAUAUAUAGCGAUAAAGAUGAAGAGAGCCCAGAAGAGUCGCCACAGUCUGCACAAUUGGAGUCAACUGAAAUUAGCACGCAAACUAUGCGCAGCAGUACAGACCGCCGCGCCAUGUUAACAAAACUACCGCUAAUCCCAGGAAUCGUAUUACACCACAGGAAGAGAAAAAAAACAAAAUUUAUGAAUUGGAAAAGAUACCAUAGGCUUAACGUGAUAUAUUCAUUUUUGGAAGAUUUAGAAAGGGACUUCCCAGCUAUCUGUACAGUGUCGGUUAUUGGCAAAUCAGUCGAAGGGCGAAGCAUUAAGAUGUUAAAAAUAUCGAACAGCAACGCUGCUAACGAGGCAAUAUGGGUGGACGCGGCAAUACAUUCGCGUGAAUGGAUCAGCACCGCCGUUGUCACAUACAUUGCCAAUUAUAUUGUUAAAAACUUCAAAUCUCUUCCUUCUUCGAUCACUGACAAGGACUGGCAUAUAGUACCAGUUCUAAAUCCAGAUGGCUAUGAGUACACACACACGCGUGAUCGCAUGUGGAGAAAGAAUAGGGCUAGGUAUGGGGGGAAAUGUUGCGGAGUCGACCUCAACAGAAAUUUUAGUUAUGGUUGGGGCAAUAACGGUGAAGAAGGUUCAUCUAAAGAACCAACAAGUGUAUUCUAUAGAGGCCCGGAACCUUUUUCAGAACCUGAAUCAAUGGCAGUCAGGGACACAAUUUUGGGAUCCACAACUCCUUUCAAAGUAUUUUUAUCUUUCCAUAGUUACUUUGAACUCAUUAUUUUUCCGUGGGGAUGUCGGGACGAAAUUCCACCUGACUAUUUGAAUUUACUUGAAGGCGGUGCAGUAAUGUCCAGGGCAAUAUACGAAACUAAUGGAAAAAGUUAUAAAGUGGGAAAUACAAAAGACCUCACGUAUACUGCCUGCGGUACUAGUACAGACUGGAGCUAUUCCAUAGCGAAGAUACCCUAUUCUUACAUGGUUGAGUUGAGAAGUAGAAAAUACAGAUUCAGAUUACCAAAGGAGCAAAUUAUAGAAACUUGUACUGAAAUCUGGAAUGGUCUUAGCAGUUUUAUGGAAUAUGUAGAUGACCAUUGA